AUCGAUUCCAUAAAAAGACUAUACUAGAGACCCCUUAGUACUCUGUGGUCAGUUAUUGUCUAUGGUAUUACAUAAAAUUUUGAUGUUUUUGUUCCAACCAAACCAACAACUUCCAGUUUUCUACUACUUUCUUGAUUCCUUCAUUUCUUGAAAACCGGGUAAAAACACUAUGUACGUUAAAAUUAAUGUCCAAUAAAAUUUAAUUGAUUCACAAUAUUUCGUGUUCGAAGUGUGAUGACUUGUGUACGUGACUUAAUAAUGGUUUUUGACCUUAAUCCCGCUGAUUUUUGUUAAAGAGUACGAGACUUAAAAAUUGCUACAGUAACAGCAUUUGAGACAACAUUAUGUCUUUUGCAGUACAAGGGAGAACCAAAGAUUAACAAUAAACAAGAACGAAUAUUUUGAUAGACAAGAAUAAAUUACUAACUUGCGUAGACAAGAUGAUUGGUCUAUUCCUAUCCCUGCUGGGCUGGAUAGGACUGAGCCCUGUGCCUUAUGCAGCAUACCUUAUUGGUACAACGGAACCUGCAUUAAAACUGUUAAUAUCAAUUCUGCUGGGCUACCCUUUGGGAAUUGUGUAUAACAAAUAUUUCAAAAAAUACACAAAAUACCGAAACAAGUUUUUCAUCGUCACUGGCUUAGAUAUUGCAAUCUACAACUUCGGAUGGUCCCUCUACCACAACCUCAUACCAGGGCUUGUAAUUUAUUUUUCAACAAAAGUAUUUGGACCCACAAGUGUAAAUGCAAUUUUUACUCUCAUUUUCAACAUGACAUACCUUUUGGUGGGUUAUGUAAUGACGGAGUCCGAAGACUAUGAUAUAACCUGGACAAUGCCACACUGUGUCCUAACAUUGAAGCUGAUUGCUCUUGCAUUUGAUUUAUGGGAUGGAAAGAAAAUGUUAAGAGGACUGCCACUUUCAGAAAACAAUAGAUUAACAGCUCUUAUAGAUACACCGACAUUGGAAGAGUUAAUCGGAUUUAUAUACUUCCCUGCCUGUUUCUUGGUGGGUCCGAUAUUUUCAUUCAGAAGAUACCUUGAUUUCAUAACAGACAAAUUCCCUGUUAACUUAGAUCGCGAAAUCAUAGCAAGUCGAGCCAUGAAACGACUCUUGCAGGGCUUGGGCUACUUGAUUGCAUUCCAAGUUGGAAUAUCAGUGUUUAGUAUGAAAUACAUGAUGUCCGAUGAGUUCUGGGAAACCUCCAUAAUAUACAGGCACUUUUACAGUGGUCUAUGGGCACACUUUGCACUAUACAAAUAUAUUUCCUGUUGGCUGCUUACUGAAGCCUCCUGCAUUCGCUUCGGCCUUUCAUUCAACGGCUACGUGAAGAAGUCUCCUGAAGAUAACCUGGUAUCAACGUGGGACGGCUGUAGCAACAUUAAGCUGAUGCGGUUUGAGGGUGCCACCAAGUUCCAGCACUACAUUGACAGCUUCAACUGCAAUACCAACUAUUUUGCCGCUGAGUAUGUCUACAAACGGCUGAAAUUCCUCGGUAACCGUAACCUAAGUCAAUUUUUCACGUUGCUAUUCCUCGCCCUCUGGCACGGAACACGGUCUGGCUACUACAUGACCUUUUUCAACGAGUUCAUUAUCAUAUACAUGGAGAAGGAGUUCGAAAGCAUAAUAUCUAAGACCAAUCUCUAUAAAAAACUUUGGGCCUCGAAAGCCAAGUACUUGCUGUACGCGUUCCUUAAAACGUACACAAUUGUUUUCAUGGGAUGGAGUUUGAUACCGUUUGAUCUUAAAGUGUUCUCGAAAUGGUGGCAGCUUUAUGCGACUCUGUAUUUCUCCGGCUUCAUAGUGUUCCUUCCAUGGGCUUAUGUUUACAAGCCGGCUCUCAAUAAACUAGUGAAAUGGUACACACCAUCCCAAUAAUUUCAAAGAGUUUGGAUAUGGGGUGCGUAUAUUAAUUAGUGAUUUUGUAUGAAACAUGUGAACUGAAAACUGCCGCUUGACGAAGACCAAAGCCUUGACCCUAGGAUCUAAACCUUGGCUGUUAUUUCUUAGGGCUUUUUUCUUGCCCCGAUUUCUUUAUAAAUAAUAUUUCGGUAUAUUUCGUUAAAUAUGUUAUUAUUGCCUCCCACGGUUGCCUAGUGGUCAACUACGGGUCACGAGGCCGAAUCCAUCGAGUAAGGCCAAAAAUUGUUAGGUAUUGUGUUGUUUCUAUAAAUGUUUAAAGAAUAAUCAGUUACAGCCUUCAAUUAGGAAAAUGGCAUUGUCAAUCUCUGUGCUUCGGAGAGUACGUUUAACCGUCUUUCCCGGUUAUUAUCACUAACUUGUGGCAAUAGACAUUAAAGCCCACCAAUCCAUAUUGGAGCAGCGUGGUGGGUCUAUGCUCUUCAACCGUCUCUCCUAUGAGAGAGGAAACUUGUGCCCACAAGCUGGACGUAAAUAGGCUGCGGAUGAGGAUGAUUAUUGGUUAAACUUUGGUACAUCUUUGUAUAAGUCAUGUAAUUGUUUCUACCUAUACAAGUUAGACUGCAUAAAGUUUCAGUAUAGCUGAAGGUUAUCUAUUCAAAAAGUGUAUUUACAAGUAUUUAAAUCAUUUAAUUUGGCAGGUAUUUUAUAAAACUUUGGGGCUCAUUAUACGGGAAUACGGAAAAAACACAAUUUCAGAGUAUCGGUUGAUACUGGCUACACACUGUCAGGUAUUUAUAGAACAACGGGGCUGGUCGUCGAUCUGUCUGUGUUAAGUGAUAGAGAUUAGAAAUCAUAAUUUAAACCCAUUAUUUCAAAAUCUGUAAUUUUUUCAAGGGAAGGGAAGUACUAUCGCUAUGUCGUUAUUUCUGCCGCUAAGCAGCAUUUUUGCAAUGCUGUGUUCCUCGUGUCGGCCUGAGUCGGGGGGGUUCCCGGUAGAAUGGGAAGUACUAUCGCUAUGACGUUAUUUCUGCCGCUAAGUAGCAUUUUUGCAAUGCUGUGUUCCUUGUGUCGGCCCGAGUCGGGGGUUUCCCGGUAGAAUGGGAAGUACUAUCGCUAUUUCGUCAUUUCUGCCGCUAAGCAGCAUUUUUGCAAUGCUUUGUUGGCCUGAAAGGUUGCCUGUAGAAUUACAGGUACAUGAUGCUGAACACCUAAGCCCCGGGGACUAGACACAGGGCGGCAUGUUUCAGGACGUGCUCCUUGCAUGCCCUGUGAAGUUUUCCACUUCUGCUUGGUCCAUCCAUGUUUUAUCCCAAUAAAUUGACAUUCGAAAGAAAAAGACAGAAAGAAGUGUAACUAUGCAACCGCUUCAUAACGUUAAUGAGUAAGGGGGAGAGUGUCUAGUCAAGUAAAUAACCCCUUUUAGAAUUCCCCUUUUAGUUUUUCAAUUCAUUAUCGUUGUUCUCUUUAAUGUCCCACAGCUGGCCAUAGUAUGCUGGGGUAAAGGAAUACAAAGCUUAUGAGUCUUAGCUGCGGUCUGCUUCAAUGCGGCAGUUUGAGUAGUCCAUCUAAUCGGCACUAAUAAACUUCACGUUAUCAUCAUAUUUGUCGCUAACUCCCAUUUACUUGUCAAUAGAGUCGACUAAUAACAUAAUUUGUUAUGGUCGAUAUACUUUGGUGUACAUAUGCAUAUUAUUAUUAAUUCAUUUUUAAAAUUCUACUAAGUUUGAAAUUAGUACAGUUACAACCACCAAGUUAUUUAUUAGGACGGUGUGUUGUCUGUUAGGUAUAGAAAUGUCUCGACGGACGUAAUUAGUGUUUAGCAUAUUAGAUUCUAUUGUCUUAUUAUUGUGUCCUAGAUAUGUAUAGGUAAACAACCCAAAUUCGUACUGUGUAGCUGUGUAUAGUAAUUAACACACAAUAGAUGUACACAAUAGAGUUGUGUUAAGUAUUAGUUGUCAAACAGUUUAUACAUAAACUUUAAAACAAUGAACAAUUAAAUAUUUACCUUUGCACUCUUUAGCAUAAAUAAUAUUAAAGAAAAGGAAGUUUAAAAUAAUUUCAUGCAAUAAUGCUAUGCGAAUGCAUAUGUAAUUAUUUACGUGGACUUAUAUUAUUUUCUUUUUACGAUCGGUGAAAUUUAAUAAUUGUUAAUUAUGCACGUAUUAUUAUCGCAGACUGUUACAAGAUCCGCUUAAGAAUAACUGCGCAUUUGUUAUUUUUUAUUUGCAUAUGCAUCGCGUGCGGAUCUUACGGCUUUUUAUUAAUGUAGAUUGUUACUUUUUUUUUUGAUUAAUUUUAUUGCAUUAUUUUUGUAAGUAUGGUAGUAGUUAUUUAUAUUUCUACGCUACUAUUUUAUCUAUUGCUUAGUAGAACGUUGGGCUUAAAGUAUAUAAGACAAUUUUAAUAACAAUUAUAAAUGAGACGAUAUUUAACGUAUCCAGUAUUCUUAAAACACUAUAACUUUCUCUCAUGUAGUCAAAAAGUCAAACGUCCAUGACUACUGUUAAGAUGUAACAAAUACAGUUACACAAUACUACUGGUAUUGUGUAAAUAAUGAUAUAAGACUAAAUACCUAAUAUUGUGUAUGGUAUUGAGACGAGAUUAAAAAUUAUAAUUUAACAAGGGGUUACAAUAAAUCUAGAGUAUAUAAUAUUCUCUUCUUCUUUGACUGAAGAGCUUAGCUCUUUUCGGUGUAGCCCUCUCCCAUCUUUCCUGCAAAUUUUUUCUCUUGGCCUUUACUCUCUAUUUCGUUUAACUACAGAAUAAUCUAUAUAACUUUCUAUCUCCUUUGUUUUAAUAAUCAUAACGGUUAAAGAGCCUUUAUUUAGUUAUCGUUUCAAAUUAAUAUAUAUGAAAAUAAACAAGGAUUUUAUUAUUAGGUAUAUUAAGUUAUUGUGAAAUAUGCAAAAGUUUAAAGCAUUUAAAAAAAAAAGUCGAAAACUUAUGAAUUUUUAAAUUGAUUUUAUGUAGAUAGAACCUUAUAAGUUCUAGGACAAACACUUACCAGUUAGUUGAGUGGAUUGAUAGAUUGUGUGGAUUAUAUUGAUACGGUCUAUUCGAAAAUCUGAGAUACAAUAGGUAGCUGAACGUUCAACGGAAUACACAUAGUUAUAAAAUUGAAAUGCAAAAGAAAGGUUUUCUUCCCGAGUAAAACUAGGUUGUAUACUAAAACUAACCUUAAACUUUCUUGGUCUCCGCCAUUUCAGCCAGACGAAUUCUUUCACUAUCCACCAUUUCACCUCUGAUAAGAAAGGCAUAUGAGAUGCUAAAAACAUAGAGAGCUUCUUCAUCAUUACAGCUUAUGCUAUAUCUUAUUGGAAAGCUGUUUAUGUUAUUUGCUUCAAUUUUGGCUUAGCUCAAUUAGUAACCCAUACUUAAACUAAAAUAAUUAAAAAAAUCUAACAUAUGUAUAAGAUUUAUAAGAAUACACAAUAAAAAAAGGGAAAUUAAAAAAUGAAGAUUAACUAAAUAAUAACUUUGAUCUUGAGUUAUUGCGAUUAUAAUAGAAGACUAACUAGACUAUAAAUACCUAAUGACUUGGUAUUAUAUGAUAGAACUGAUUUUAGGUUUAGUGCUAUUUAGAAGGUUAUCACUUGUGCAAAAGUAUUGUAUCUAUCCUUUCACACUGUAUAAACAUAUUGCUUAUAAAGUAAUAGUGUUAUUGUUAUUAUUAUUAGGUACUUUGUGAUAUAAUUCGGCUACCUAGGUCUGGAAUAUACUUUGUAGCUAGAGUGGGACAUACCAACAAUAUGCAUGAUGCCUAAUUUUUAAAAAAAUUCUCUAUGAUGUACGGAAGUAUCUUCUAUGUCCAAAAAAUAUCUUAUUUUUGCAGAAAUUCAAUGUUUUGUUGCUAUAAAAGACUGGUAUUUAUAGUCUCGAUUUUGCAUUUUUUUUGUUAAUAAACUGGGCGAUGUAAACAGUGAAACUAAAUAACUAUAGAAUUAAUUGCACUCAGAUCCUAAACUGAAUUGACAUUUUGAUAAUUAUGCUAUACCUUUUAGCUUUUGAAUUGUCAAUUUCGUUUAGAAUUUGUGUGCAAUUGUGGUACACAAAUUCUAAUUUGACAGCUUAAAAAAGUAAUAUAACCCUCCGAUUAAUAUGUUAAAACACAUUUAAUAAAUCUUGGUUACUAUACGAUUGAUGAAUUUCUUGACGACAAGGCUGCUGAGAAGCAGGAUCUGCUCUCAUCUCUCACUAGCAAGAAGAAAUAAAUUAUAAUAUAAUUUUUUUUUCAUUGUAAUCUGUAAAAUGAUUUUGAAAAAGAGCAAUAUGCUGAGUUUCUUGCCAGCUUUUCUCGGUGGAAUCUUCCUUCCGAACCGGUGGUAGAGUCACUACAAACUGACUGACUUGACGUUUCAAAAGUGCUUAUAAACUGGGCCUACUUGAAAUAAAUGAGAUUUUAAUUGGAAUUCGAAACGAGGCAAAUUAAGAAAAGAUUCGCACUAUUUUCAUUUUUUAAAGAAUCAUUAAAUACGAUUAUUUUUUGUAAAACUACAAAAUGCCUCUUAUUGAUUAAACGUUUGGGUAGAUACUCAUUUAUUGUAAACAAUACAAUCAACAAUAUAGAAUAGGAUUUGCUAAUCUACUGAUUAGAAAAUCAUAUUCUAUAUUGUUGUUGAUGUUAAUUUACAGAAUAGUUAUAUCAUUGUAUUAUUUUAAGUACCUAUUACUAAUUGAAUACCUACCUAAAAGAAAUCAAUCAAAACCUAAAUAAAUACAUAUUUAAUUAGGCCGAUCACCCACAAUAACUUUAUCAGCAAUUCAGCAGCGCGAUUAUCUACAUUUAAGCGUUGGACGCAUUUGCAACGUGUAGCAGAAGUUUCAGUGGGCAAAGAAAUAUAAAAAAAAUUACGACAGCAUCGCAACGUCUAUCGGGGUAUUAUUGCAGUUGAAUCGCUACUUAAUCGCUGUGAAAAGUCGUGGAUGACGGUUCCUGCUGCUAUAUUAUAAUUUAUUGUCUCCCUAGUUACAAUAUAAUCUGUGGUAUUUAAAUCGUGUAACAUUAUUAAUUCACGUUUAAAUUAACCGUAGCCUUUCGACCGCGAAGUUCUUUUGUUUAUAUCACCGUUAACUACUUUUGAUAAAUAUUAUGUUAUACUUUCAAUCGAACAACGUUAACUUUAUUUCUGGGUUUGAAUAAUUUAUUAUCUGCACGUAUAUGCAGUAUAUUUUGAGAUUAUCAACUCGUAGCUCCUACCUACUCGGUCGCGAUCUGUCAUCCCUAAUAAAAACCUUAAUUCCUACAGUGAGUUUAAUGUUCGAAUUAACCGAAAGUAUGAUUAUAACAUUUCGAAUACUAUACUGUUCGUUGUGAUUGUGUUGUACCGAAUUGGUGUUUCAAUUAAGGCAAGAAUAGUAUAAAUUUAGCCUAUAUUAACAAUUAAGAUCAAUAAUCUCGAUUUUCAAAGUUAAUUCCAGGUUACACUAACAAAAUAACAGAUUGUAGGUGAUAUAUUAUAUUAUUAGUUGAUCCAUCCUAGACUUUCAUGUUAAACACCAAUGAGUCAUUUAAUAAUAUAUAGCAUAUCUUCUUACAAAAGAGUGUCGUCAUUCCGUUGCAUCAAUGCCGGCUAUAACUGUUUGUAUUUUUCUUCGCUGUUUUUUAGUAUUUAGUCAAGUAGGUAUCUAAAAGAAUGUCACAGGAUUAUGCAAAAAAAUAAUGCAUUGUAUACGUAUGUACGUACGAAUUGUAUAAAAAUAUUUGACGUGAAAUAAGUAUUAAUAAAUUGUCUCGCACAAAAUUGUAAGUUAAUUCAAAAUUACAUAAGCUUUCAACAUUAUAAUCCUGCGGCAUAAAUCAUUAAAUACAUAAUGGUGGCAAUUAUGUUGUACAUAUAUCUUUAGGCUGAACCAAAUUGGCAGGUCUGGAAAUGGUUCUAUCCUUUUCCAGGAGACACAAUGUGAAGAUUACCACGAAAUUUACAUAUGUCAAAUUAAUUUAGUCUACAGAUUUAUUUCAAACAUGAUUGGUACCAACUACCAUACCGUCUGAAUAAACCAGGCGGUAAUCUUAUAAUAGUACCUAAGUGAUAAGUUGCUUAAAUGGGAGAUGAAUAGAAAUAAAUCAAUUUAAACAUU